UGGGAGGGGACAUGUGGGCGUGUAGUUGACGAUUACCCAGAAAGCAGAAACCACAGUUUCCCAUAUUCUUCCCUGAAACCCAUCUCCGCCCAGAUCGAUCACAUCAUUGGAUCUUUCUCUGUCUCUCAUUUUUCCAUUUUCUAAUUCCCAAUUCCCAUUUGUUGAAUUUCUCUGUUUGUUUUUUGUUUCGGUUGAAAAGUCCACGCAUCGCAACGCAAAUGUCUGUAUCCCUUCUUCUCUCCCACCUUCUCAACUAUAUUACCUCCUCUAUGGCUAUGGAUGCACACAUUUCUCCGCCUUUUUUUCAACUCCCUCUCUUUUCAGUUUUCCCCUUUUCUUCUCUCUGUAAACUUCGAAGUCCUCCAACCCAUCUCCUCUUUUCAUCCCCUUUUCUCUCUUUCAUUCCCCGUUUCAACUCCUCUUCCUUUCUAUUCAAUUCUCAUCCCCCUUUUUUCAUGUGGGAUUUUCCCCCAACGCGCUGACUCCCAAACUCAAAGGCAAUUGUAACAAAAUAAUACCAAAGACAACAUUCUAGUUGUACUUUGUGGUCAGGUUGCAGGCUGGAAAUUGCUCUUUAAAGCGUAGGUCCUUUAGUUGAAGAAAGUGGCAAAUGCUAAAUUUUGGCAGAAGCAGAACUCAACAAAGGUCCACCAGAUCUCUAUCAUUAGGAGGCAUGGAUUAUUCAGAUCCCAAAAAGAAAAACAAUGUUGUGGGAAAAUUUGUUCUGGCUGCCACUCUCACGGCUUUAUGCAUUAUCAUGCUUAAGCAAUCACCGGCUUUCAGUGCCCCAAGCCAGUUUGGUCUGCGUGAACCCGGGGUAACUCAUGUACUAGUAACGGGAGGUGCUGGAUACAUUGGUUCACAUGCAACACUAAGACUUUUGAAGGAUAAUUAUCGUGUGACCAUAGUGGAUAACCUGUCACGAGGAAAUCUUGGUGCGGUGAAGGUUCUUCAAGAACUAUUUCCAGAACCCGGGAGGCUUCAAUUUAUUUAUGCUGAUUUGGGAGACGCCAAAUCUGUUAACAAGAUAUUUUCAGAGAAUGCUUUUGAUGCUGUCAUGCAUUUUGCAGCAGUUGCUUAUGUCGGUGAGAGUACCGUUGAUCCACUGAAGUACUAUCACAAUAUUACAUCAAAUACCUUAACAGUUAUAGAGGCAAUGGCUGCCCAUGGUGUGAAGAAAUUGAUAUAUUCGAGUACAUGUGCCACAUAUGGUGAACCAGAUAAAAUGCCUAUCACUGAAGAAACUCCACAAGUCCCGAUCAAUCCUUAUGGGAAAGCCAAGAAGAUGGCAGAAGAUAUCAUAAAAGAUUUUUCCAAAAACUCAAAAAUGGCAGUCAUGAUCUUGCGAUACUUCAAUGUAAUUGGAUCAGACCCAGAGGGUAGGUUAGGUGAAGCUCCUAGACCCGAACUUCGUGAGCAGGGACGAAUUUCAGGCGCUUGCUUUGAUGCAGCUCGUGGCAUUAUUCCUGGACUCAAGGUCAGAGGAACAGACUAUGCUACACAUGAUGGAACUUGUGUCCGGGAUUACAUUGAUGUCACUGAUCUGGUUGACGCUCAUGUAAAAGCUCUUGCGAAGGCGGAGGCUGGAAAAGUUGGAAUAUAUAAUGUUGGCACUGGAAAAGGUAGGUCAGUUAAGGAGUUCGUCGAAGCAUGCAAGAAGGCAACUGGAGUUACUAUCAAAGUUGAUUAUCUUGACCGUCGACCGGGUGAUUAUGCAGAAGUCUAUAGUGACCCAACAAAGAUAAAUAAGGAACUAAACUGGACAGCUCAGUACACAGAUCUUGAAGAAAGUUUAAAGGUAGCUUGGAGAUGGCAAAAGUCACAUCUUAAUGGUUAUGGAAGCUCUUGAAUGGCUCUUCCAUGAAAGAAGAGAGCAUUUAAUUGCCCAAGAAGGAACCUUGGAAAAGACCCUUUGAGGUAUUGACUUCAUCUGUGCUUCUGUUGCUACUUCAGCAGCCGAAAUGGAAGCAGAGUGCUCGGAAUUUUUUUUUCUUCUUUUGUAUCCAAUUCUUACCUUUACAUGAAGUUUACAUUCUAUGCCCUUACUUUAUUAUGCAGUAGUUAUAGGAAACAGGGUAUUGACACAUGAAUUUGAAACGAUAUAGUUGAGAAAAUAAAGGAUGUCUGUGCAGAAAUUUCCCCUCUUUCUCACUUGUUCCCUUUCCCAUCAUCCCUCUGCAGUCUGCACCCUUCCUUAUUGAGAUAAUGCAUAAAUUAUGCCGAAUGGAAAAAAUGAAAAGUAAGUUUUGCUUC